GCCUUUUCUCUCCUACAUGUCACAAAGUUGCGAUGCAUCUAAGCACAUCAUCUUUCUCUCUUUUAAUACACAACAAAGCAAAAAUCUCUUGACUAAUUUUUUUUUUCAUUCGCCCCAAACCUCACCUACAUCUACAGUGUGUCUACACCUACGAUUUGAAUGGAACCGAAUUUCCUUGGGCAGCUUCCUACCACAGUACAAGCCCCACGAUGGAGACCGAUGAGCAACAACCCCAAUUUGUGCCUUUCACCAAGGCUGAGCGCAUUGAGCAAUUAGGCGAGAUCGAUCGGAACAUCGUAAGCCUGCUACGCUCCACUGCUCAAGCUAUUCAAACCCUCGGAAGGCAACAAUCCCAAGGAGAGGAUACUACCAUGACAGGCGACAAAGACCAGCAAUCACAGGUCUUCCAAAGCUCGAUGAAUGAUUUUCUCCGCACGUUACGAACCGUCAACGUCGGUAUGAAACGACAGAUAUGGGGUCUUGAAGAGGAGCAUAUCGUAUCACUGGAAAAUAAGGACGGUCCUAACACUAGGGAUGAUGGCGGCGAGUCGCAGGGAGUUAGCAAUCGCAAUGCUCCAAUCAAGCCGGAUGGCGAUGGGAAGAUUGGCGGACUCGAUGUGGGCUGGCUUAACAGCCGAAGCGAUGAGGUUGAGAGGGGCAUGGAGACCGAUCUCUGGGCCGAGGCCGAGUCAUUUCUACAGCGGAUUCUAGAGCAACGCGAGACCACCCAAAACUAGGAACGGAGAAGGGAUAUUCGAUGAGUUUACUUUAUGGUUGACUGAACAUAAGGGAUAAAAUAGGACAGCAUUAGCAUUUAGCGGCGUUUGAGGAGUACGGGUAUACCACAGGGCUUAUCCAUCUUCAGUCUGCCUAUAUAGUGAGUGCAUUAGGUAGCUGAAAUAUUUUGAUUCGUUUUUAUUUUUAUUCUUAUUUUCAAAUCGUGAAUUCCAGAUAUACUAUUACUUUUAACAUUAGCGGU